GGUUAUUGGUUUGUGAGUAAAGGCACAGCAGUUGUCGGCUCUGCCAGAGAUAAUCAGGACUACGAGCUCAAUGUGAACGGUAUCACCGCUGCCAACAAAUUGUCGUACAGCUGUUCCAACCUCAAGAUUGACGGCUUAGACGAUGUGGAGGACAUCAGUAUAGUAUUCAACAAAUUUCAAUUACAGCCGUUUGAGAAUCCGGUGAAUCCUAAGAAAUAUAUAUUCACAGACAGUGAUGCCUGUGAGGUGUUUAUGACUGUCCCUCUUUGGAUGGGUUUACUGACCAUAAGUCUGUUCUUAAUAAUCCUAUUGUUGGGACUCUAUAUGCUAUGGCGAGUCAGUCCGCCCGACCGUUUCGAGAACCCGAAGGGAAAGGCAUUGAUUUUGACGACUGUUGACGAAUAAGAUUUAGUCAUUAUUUCAUUGUAUAGAUUAUGAAUGCAUUCAUUCAACAUAACAACUAUGUAUUAAUAAUCCAUUUAGUGUGACGUCAACUAAUCUUAAUCUCAAUAAUCC